AGAAAUCCAGUCAUAGCUUUAUGCACCUCUUAAUAUAUAUUAGUUAUGUGAUCGGUGAUCACAAACAAAUCCCUAUUGAUUGCCAGUGUUUGGAAUGGCCAGCUCAAGUAGAAAAAUAGGAAUGUCUAAGUGGAAACAAGGGAAGAGGAGGAGCUCACGUUUAUCUGGUGUAUUAGAUGCUUGCAAGGCACAGCAAUCACAGAAAAUGGCUUCACAUGAAAGCAUCAUCAAGGGACCAUAUGAUGAUAAAGCAGCACCCUCCACUGGUUAUACUCUAAUACAAGAUCAACCCUCAAGUAUGCCAAAGAAACCUAUCCUAGAGCGUAUUCUUGACAUAUUACAGAGGAGAGACACCUAUGAAAUAUUUGCUGAACCUGUUGACCCUGAAAAGGUUGAGGGUUACUAUGAAAUCAUUAAAGAACCUAUGGAUUUUGGCACAAUGAGAGCUAAACUUCAUGAAGGAAUGUAUACAAGUCUUCAACAAUUUGAGGUGGAAAUUUAUAUUUAUUUAAACUGUGAAUGAUACAUUUUAUUGGUUUUGCGACUGAUUGUGACUUUUGUGCAGCAUGAUGUAUAUUUAAUUCCUCAAAAUGCAAUGCAUUUUAAUUCGCCAACAACUAUCUACUUCAAACAGGCUCGAGCCAUUUAUGAACUAGCACAAAAGGCUUUCAGUUGUCUCAAAAACGACCCAAAGAACUUGGAGUCGGAAUUUUCAGAGACAAAACGAAGAACUAACAGAAGGAUCAUGUAUGAAGCUAAAGCUCCAUCAAGUUCUAAGCUUACAACAAAUUUAAGGAGCAAUAUUAAGACCAACUUAUCAUCGAAAAGUAUGUCGUGUUUUCUUGGCAAUUCUGGUGGUUUUGAUUCAAGAGAUUAUGGAAUACACUCUGGUAAGGAAUAAAUUUGGAAUUUGGAUUCGGUGGCAUGAUUCACUGAUUUUAACAGAUGGUUCUUUAACAGGUGCUAUAAAUUGUAAGAGAAAUAGUUAUGUUGAAGGAGAUAAACGUUGCACAUAUGCACCCUGGACGUCUCUCUUAACUGAGAAUGCUUCCAUUGUUUCCACCGACUCGACACCAUUAGUUCCUGUUAAUCAACAGGAUAUUGGUUACAAAGAUAGCUUGAUGUUGUUUGUUAAAGACUUAGGACCAACAGCCCAAAUGGUUGCCAAGCGGAAGUUGAUGGGAUGCUGGGUUGGUGCUUUGUUUCAGCAACCUGAAUGUGAAUAUCCUAAUGCAUUUGGUUCAACCCAAAAAGGACUUCCUAGAGCAACUGUAAAUAUAACCGAUCAUCUUCAUAGUCAUAGGGGUCCUACCAAUUACAAAGGCCAAAUGCGAGGUGAUGAUGAUCCAGUGGACAGGUUAAAUGAGGAACAGUUGGAGUCUUGUCAACUAAAGCUCUCUAUUGGUGGUGGGUUGGAAAGCAGAUGUUAUAGUAAGGAAGCAAAGGUGGAAACAUCAUCAGCUCCUCCAACUCAAAUUGAGGAAAAUAGGUUGGAUUUGAGGAGUAGAAAAGAUGAGGUUGAAGCAAGGAAAGGGUUUAUAUUUGAUUUGCCAUUUCUAAAGAAGCGGCUUCGUGAGAUUAAUUCACUGGGGAAUUAAUAGUGAAGUGCAAGUGAUGCUGUUGCUGAGAUCAUGGAAUGCAUUGUUAUCUUAAUUCUACUCAUUUGGUGAGUCCAUGGAAAUAAAUGAAGCCAUCAGCCAUCAACAUGUGAUUAUAUUAAAUUUAAGAUUGAUAUCUUUUUUUUUAAAUAUAAUAUAACUUAAUGGUGUAAGUUAAACUACAUGUCUACAACUCAUUAGGUUUGUCAAGUGAGUUGUU